CAUAGGUAGUCUGUAUUCUUAGGCACCAGGUCAUGGACUUCUCUGACCUUCCUGCUAAUUCUAGUGCCUGCUUUCGAAAGCAUCCUAAUUCAAAAUAAUUCAGCAUUGGUUUCCAGCAGACUGCAAGCUCUGUCUGGCUUUUCUGAUCAAAGAAGGAAAAGCAAGAAUGUUGAAGGAGAUCCAAAUAGUGCUCUGUUUUUUUUUUGUCUUUGUCUUUGCCAUUUUGUAUGAACUCUCCCUGCAGUCUGGCUGUGUCUUCUCUUGCAUGCCUUUUGCUAAGCGAUUCCUGACGCAAGAGGAUGUUAUGAGCCAGAGCAGAAGCAUCAUCUUUGUGGAGACCACAGAUCGCCUUGAGCCUCCUCCGCUGGUUUCAUGUUCUGUGGAAUCUGCUGCCAGGAUCUACCAUGACAGACCUGUUGUUUUCUUCAUGAAAGGGCUGAACAAUAGCACAUGGCUGGAUUCAAAUUCCACUUACGCAGCCUUCUCACUUUUAUCUGCUAUGAAGAAUGUCUUCAUUUUUCCUUUACAAAUGGAAACCUUAUUCCAGGAGACACCUCUGCUCCCAUGGUAUCAUAAGGUAAAUGCAGCCCAGGAAAAGCACUGGGUUCAUAUCAGCUCUGACGCCAGCAGACUUGCACUCAUCUGGAAAUACGGUGGGAUCUACAUGGACACAGAUGUCAUCUCCAUCAGGCCUAUUCCAGUGGCAAACUUCCUGGCGGCCCAGGCUUCCCAGUUCUCCAGCAAUGGGAUUUUGGGCUUUCCUCACCAUCACUGGUUCAUUUGGGAUUGCAUGAAUGAUUUUGUUCAAAACUACAAUGGACGUAUUUGGGGAAACCAAGGCCCCCUCUUAAUGACAAGGAGACUGCAAGCUUUGUGCAACCUGACCAAUUUCCAUAAUGUGGAGGAUCAAAGCUGUCAGAACAUUUCCUUCUUACAUCCUCAGCGUUUCUACCCUAUCCCUUACCCAGCAUGGAGGCAGUACUAUGAGGUCUGGGAUACAAGCCUUGACUUCAACGACUCCUAUGCUUUGCACCUGUGGAACUUCAUGAACAAGGAACACAAGCCUGUGAUCGCAGGAAGUAACACGUUAGUGGAAAAUCUGUACAAAACAUACUGCCCCACCACUUAUAAGGACCUUAUUCAAAGCACAGAAGGCAGUGGUCAUAUGCAGCAAAACAAGACUGAAUGACUGGAUCUAGCAGAACGAGGUGUUCUUUCCAGCCCUGAUAGUCCUUUGACUAAAAUAAACUGCACAACAUGUACCUCCUCUUAGUCAGUGACUCUCAGCCAUUUUCUAUCUGCAGACCACUUUGUAGAAGAGAACCUCUCAGAAACCACCUCUUCUCCCAAGUUUCCCCAGGACCUAAUUAAAUGUGUAGGAAGGUGGGGGUGAAAAUAUCAUGUCAUCACCAAUGGUAAGUAUGUUUUGUCCUUUAGGGUAAAAGUUUCCAAAGCAUCUAAGGGUACGUCUAUACUUACUUCUGGGUUUGGCGGUAAGCAAUUGAACUUCUGGGAUCGAUUUAUCACGUCUUGUCUAGAUGCGAUAAAUCGAUCCCGGAUUGAUCCCGGAAGUGCUCGCCAUUGACGCAGGUACUCCUGCUCCGCGAGAGGAGUGGGCGGAGUCGACGGGGGAGCCUGCCUGCCGUGUGUGUACCUUUGGUAAGUACCUUUAAGUUCGAAUUAAGGUACUUCGACUUCAGCUACAUUAUUCACGUAGCUGAAGUUGCGUAUCUUAGUUCGAACUGGGGGGUUAGUGUGGACCAGCCCUUAGUGAUCUAGAAGCCUGAAUCCCAUUUUCAAAAGUCAUGUUGGCUUUGGGAGCCAAAGAUCCACUGGAAAUCCCGGUCACAUUUUCCAAGGUAUUUGGUGCCUUCAGAUGCAGCUAAGUGCUUUUGACACUCCCAUUAGGCAUCUAUCUGCAUCUUUAGGGGCCUAAAUGCCUUCAACAAUCUGGCUCCUUAGAUGCUUUGGGAAAUUUCCCCUCGUCAUUUGUUGUGUGCUUGUGCAGCACUUUGUGCAAUGAGGCCCCAUGCUGUCUCAGGCCUCUCGGUGCUACUGUAAUAUCAAUGUUCAGUAAUAUUGAAUGUAAUGACAAUCAAUCGUAACCCAAGCUUCCCCCACUCCAAGUGUUCAUUAACAUUGUUUAUUUUUCCUCUCUUUUA